GGGCAAACAACGACUGCCACCGAAACGGCCCGACCACUCCGGCCACCGUGGUGUACAUUGCCCUGGACAGUCUCCACCAGCAGGACUACUACCAACUGAGUCUGGCGGAUGGCUUCAACGUGCCGGUGGAGGUGGAGCCGCUGAAUCAUCCGAACAACAACAUUGGCAGCAAUAACGGCAGCUACAACGCCAUCGGCGGACACUGCAUUCCCGCGGGUUGCAAGGCGGACCUCAAUCAGGUCUGUCCGCCGGAACUGGCGGUCAAAUCGAAAGUUGGCGGACAGGAAUCGGUAGUGGUUGGCUGCCGCUCACCCUGUCAGGCCUUCUCCACCGACCAGUACUGCUGCACUGGGGCCCAUCGACCGGAGGCGAAGUGCAACAGCACACAGUGGCCCACCGACUACUCAAAACUUUUUCACCAGUCCUGUCCGGACGCAAAGGCCUACCCACGGGACACGGUCGCUCAGCCAAAGUACUGCGAGGCGAAUGCCGUCCGCCUCAAUGUAAACUUCUGCCUGAAGAAGCACUGA